GCCCUUCCAGGACCGUUUGCAAUCCAUUCAAGCCAACAAGUUUGGAGAGAAUGUUGAGUUUAAUCAAUUCAGAACGUCGAGAUGGAGCCCAACUCACUCAAGUGGGUAGGCUCGCCUUGUGGUUUGCACGGACCUUACGUUUUCUACAAGGCAUUUAGGUUUCACCUUGAAGGCAAACCAAGAAUUCUGUCCCUUGGCGACUUUUUCUUUGUAAGAUGUAAGCCGGAGGAUCCGAUUUGCAUAGCAGAGCUCCAGCUGUUGUGGGAAGAAAGGACGACCAAGCAACUUCUAUCCAGCUCUAAACUUUAUUUUCUCCCAGAAGAUACUCCCCAGGGAAGAACUGUCAAUCACGGAGAGGAUGAGGUCAUAGCCGUCUCUGAGAAGGUCAUUGUGAAGCUGGAGGACCUUGUGAAAUGGACAAUCGCAGACGUCUCCACGUGGACGUGCGGCCUAAGGGCGGCGCCCCUCAAGCCCACCGUGCUGAGGGAGCUGAGGAAGAAUGAACAGGGGGACGCCCUGCACAGGUACCGGGAAUCGACGCUCAACAGCGGCCUCAACUUCAAGGACGUCCUUAAGGAGAAGGCGGAACUAGGUGAGGAUGGUGAAGAGAAGAGAGUUCUGGUGCUGAGCUACCCGCAGUACUGCCGGUUCCGCUCUAUUGUCGUACGGCUACGCGAGCGGCCCUCCUCCCUGCUGACGGACCAUGUGGUUCUAGCGCUGGGUGGCAUCGCCUCGUUCAGCAGCAACACCCGCAUCCUGUACUGCCGUGACACCUUUGAGCAUCCCACGCUGAUCGAGAACGAGAGCGUCUGCGACGAAUUCGCGCCCAACCUAAAAGGCCGACCUCGGAAGAAGAAACCUUCCAUCUCCCAACGCCGUGACUCCCAGGGUCAAAACACAGGCAAGGAGACCAGCAGCACUGAGCCCAAGGCUUCUGCCAAGGUAAAAAGUGACUCUAAGGCCGUGGCGGCCCGGCCCAAGAACAGCUGUAAAAAGGCGGCGUCCGAAGAGACGCCGGGAGUGACGGCAGGUGAGGAAUGCCGGGCUGAGGAGCAGGCCUUCCUGGUGGCACUCUACAAAUACAUGAAAGAGAGAAAAACACCCAUUGAGAGGAUUCCCUACCUUGGCUUCAAGCAGAUAAACCUUUGGACUAUGUUUAAAGCUGCUCAGAAGCUAGGAGGAUAUGAGCAGAUCACCGCCCGCCGGCAGUGGAAGAACGUGUAUGACGAGUUAGGGGGUAACCCUGGGAGCACCAGCGCGGCCACCUGCACGCGGCGCCAUUAUGAGAGACUCAUCCUACCCUAUGAGAGGUACACCAAAGGAGAGGAAGACAAGCCCCUACCCCCGGUCAAGCCCAGAAAACAGGAGGCCGGCGCUCAGGAGGGGGGCAUUAGGACAAAGGUGGCUGUGGUGAAGCGUCCCAAAGAUGAACAAAACCACAAGGGCAGAACUGAAAAGGACGCCUUAGUGAAAGCCCCUGUACCCUCCCAGGCAUCUGACGACAAAGAGGAGAGUCAAGAAGAAUGCGUUGAACUGAAGCCAGAGACCCAGCACCUUGCCAAGGAGGAGGUCAAGUCUGGAGAGGAGGAGGAAGAUGAGGAAGAGGAGUUGCAACUCACUGUGAAAGAAGAAGCUUUGAGCAGCAAUGCACGGGAGAAGCCAUUGCUUUGUACGCCACCCUGGGAAAAUGUCCAGGCUGACCGUGUCACCAAGGACAUAUUAUCCUCGUCUCAGCCGUCAGCCAAGCACCCCGAAAUCUUGGAUAAUCUCAGCCCCAAGUUGCCGGAAGAGACAGACGAUAGGUUCUUAAAGGCAACUCCCAAGCCAUUACCCAUGACAUGCGCACAGGAGCUGCAGAAUGGUGUGUUGGACCAUGCUGCUCCCUGUUCUGUGGGCAAGGUGGAUCCCCUCGUGAAUAAGGAGACCCAAAGUCACGUCGGCAUGGUGCUACCCACCUUGAAGCAGAAGCCACCCCAGAGCUUCUCAUUUCCGGAAAUUGCUCAAGCGAAGGGGGAGCUCUCCAGCAAGGACGAGUCCUCUUUUAACUACACCCCAAUUGCGUAUCCAAGGGGAAACUCCGGUAUUAUGUCUCCGUUGGCUAAAAAGAAGUUUUUGUCUCAGGUCAGUGGGACCGCCUUGCCCAAUAACUAUUCUUUUGGUGCACCUCCACCAUUAAUCAACACAAAAUGCACAAGCAGCAGCACUGAGGACACUCCUGCUCUACAGAGCCCACUGGGGUCCAACACAGAGACUGUGGUGAUCAACAGACCAUCUGUCAUCCAGCACGCUCAGAGCUUCAAGGCACGGACCAUGGAGGAGAGAAGACCUUCAGGCGAAGCCUUGCCUCGUGACCCAAGCGGGAAGUCAGAGCCGUUCACAUGUGAGGUUGCCCAUCCUCAGGCCAGCUCCGUGGUAGAACCAUUUCUAUUGAGACCCGAGCUCCGAGACGACGUCGAGAAGUUGUCAGAGAAGCAGGUGCUGCGGCCCACCAAGGUGCCAAGCUUCCUGAACGAAUUCUACUCUUCCCCUCACUUGCACAGCCUCUACCGACAGACUGAGCACCACCUGAGCAAGGAUCAGCUGACCAAGUAUUUGAGCAGAGAAACGCUGUUUCGAGACUGUGACGCUGUUCAGGGAUUCCCUCCCAGCAGCCCUGACAAUAUUGCUUUGACUUAUAGCACUCAUUUGAGUCAAAAGGAAAAGGUUUCUCCAAGAGAACGUCCAUCAGAAGACCAGCCAACAGAUCUGAGUCUUCCUAAAUCCACGUCACAGACUCUGGCCCCCUCCAAGUCCUCUCUGUGUGGGUUACCCCAUUCUGUAAUCCAACAAGAGGUGAAGACCAAUCCCCCUCCCUUUCAGGUGGCCAACAAUCAGACCUCAAAUAUUGACUUUCAUCCCAGGGCUUGCCGUGUUCCUCCCAUGACUAUGACCCCCCCUAAAAAGGGUAUAGACCUUCCCCCUAGAAGUGCGGGGAAUACGCAGAAUGGAUGCGGGGAGGACAUCAUAGGUUACAAGAUGGAGGAGAUGGUACGGCCCAUUCUGAGUGCCAAAAGCAGCCCACAGAACGUCGGCGCUGCCCGGCCACUGAAGAGGAAUCUGGAGGAGCUGGAGAACGGGCCUCCAGAGAAGAAGAUCCGGGCCGUGACGCCCAUGCACUCGGUGAAGGACGCCGCCGGCAAAGCCAAGACACACGACCUAGAAGCUGAGGGGAUAAAGCCUGUGGAGCCGGCACACGCCAUGCACAUCAGCAGCUAUAUGGAGAGCCACAAGUUCCCCGUUCAUUCCCCCAUCUUCCCAGCACUGUACCCCGGAGCGUUUGUAUCUCAGGUGCAGGAUGUGUGUGAGGGCCUGGGCGCUCACAUCCCGGCUGGCUACUCGCACCCGCUGCAGUACUUCAAGAACCAGGCCGUCAUCUCUCCACUGGUACCCCCGUUCGCCAUCCAUUCCUUCAUGAUGCGCCGGCAGCUACUCGCCUCCGCCGCCAAUCCGCCACACCUGUACAGGCACCCCGUGGGAACCUCUUACGGAGACCUCUUGCACCAUGGUUUGUACCCAGUGUCUGCCCUGAACGCCCAGCCCGCGUUCAGCCCACCCCAGCUGCCCUCUGUGCACCCCAGCACCAAACUCUCAUGAGCGAGCCAUCCUGGCGAUCCCGUCGGCUAAGCGGCGUGGCAUUUUCCCUUCCUCACAAGUGGGUUGCACGUACCCCCAUCUCCCCACCCUCCGGAGCAUGGUCUAGGCAACCGACAGCUGGCAGUUAAUGACUGAAGACGCUUGAGACUGGGAACGGUCCCCCUAUUGCACCUGAUUUUGCCACUGACGCUUCAUGAUUUGCACAUCUCUUCGAUUAUAUGGGCCGACCAGGCUGAUCGUGUCUCAUCCUGGCAACGCCAGUUGUAGAUCUAGUCUUUCCUUCUCGUUUUGAAAACUGUGGAGGCUGCAGAGGCUCCGGGCAGAAGAAUUUAUAGCUCGGAUCAUAUGGCUGCAUAUCCAAAGUAUAAAACAAGUUGUGUGACAAAUCAAUGCAAUGCACAGUGCAGUUUCAUUACAAUGGGAAAUGGGAUUUCUCCUUUCAAACACUAUGAAACAUUAAAGAACACUGUUACUGCAAACUAUAACCAAGGUUUACUGUUGGAAAAGUUCAAUAGUCAUUUAAAUAUUAUUCCUUAUUGUAUUUUUUUUAUUUAAUUGUAGAUCUGCAGUGGUAGUUUGCAAAUUCAUUUCAAACCUCCAGGGGUCACUGUUAGAGACUACAUACUGUUGAAUGCAACCAUGUUUGCAGUAUAUUAUUUUGUUCAGUGUAAAUAAAAAACAGAGCUGUUUACUAUCAGGAAUCUCCAAUUUCAGUGGUAAAAUGUGAAGAGCUUUUCACAGAAUGUUUAAUCCCCUUUUCAAGUAUUCCCAAAAGCCUCCCCCAUACGUAGCUGACUGUCUCUACCAGAAUGAUGUUAUAUUAAGUUUGUUAAUUGUAAGGACUGAGGUGUUUGUACAUACUAAAACAAAAUUAUUGCAGCAUUUUUUUUUCUAUUCUGUUCACUAGCUACUGUAAUUUCUGACCACUCUGAAUUAAAAACGACAAUGUGGUCAGAUGUUUUUUCGUGUGAAAAAGAAGUGCAAUGUAAUGGACUACUCGGAGUCAGAUGCUGUUUUUUUUCCUGCAGGUGCAAGUUUUUUGUUCCUAUUUUUUUUCCCAGAAGACAAUUCAGGAACUACGCCACCAUCGAACGAUUUCACCAGAAAAAUGUUAAAGACUAUGGUUCGUCCUAAGAGCACUUAAACAAGCCAGGUUUUCUUUCAAGGAGCAAGCUGAGAUUCUGAAUAUGGUAAUAAUAGCGGAUGAGGGGGCGGGCUUUACAUCAUGACAGCAGUCAAUGGCAACUGGUUUUAAUGUAAUGUAAUAAAACGUAAUUUGGAAAAUACUUGUCAGCAGUGAUAAGUACUAAUGGCAUAUGUAACUCAUAUGUAACUCAUAUGUAACUCAUAUGUAACUCUUUUGCACAAAAGAUUUGGGUAAAAAAAAAAAUGUCUAAGUCAACAUGAUUGAAAAUCUCCUGUUGUCAGGAGUAAUUUGAUUUAAUGUGUCAGUGGGCUGGGGGUAGAGGGGGUAUAUAAUAGUUAAAGUGUAUUUUCUCCAGAGUUUUUGGAGUAACACUCAAGGUUGCUAUGUAAUAUUUUUUAAAACGAGUAAUAAACUGUUUUAUAAGCAUAACAAGGCUGCAGUCUCUCCAGUUUGCACUGCAUUUGCUAUGGUUGCACGUGACCUCAAAAAAAACAAAACAUUGAUAUUCCUGGAGAUCAUGUGGACGUGAUAUAUUUAAUUCGAAACAAUCAAUAUAAACAUUAUGAAAUCGGGUUUGCCCCAUUUCUGCUUCGAAAGGUUGGUGCCUUUUAAUAUUUGUUAUAUGAAUUGUUGAACAGAUUACAUAUAAACAGAACAAAUUAGAUGCAACAGAAUGUUGAAGUAGAGACAAUUGGAUCUCGGAAUUCACACUCGUUCUAUAUUUUAUCAGAAAUAUGUUACACUGGGAAUUGUGACGGGGGGUGGGGGGGUGUACCUGGCCUGAUGUUUUUACAGUAUGCACGUACACAGAGAAAUUAAUCACUGCUGGGCUAUUUUACUAGGCCACACACUCUAAGGAUGGGGGGAGAUCUGGUCUAGCUCACAACAUUCAUUAUGAUUGUGAUGCAUGCUGGGAAUUUUCUUGCCCCAUAAUUACAAUGUUUGCCAGGAGUUCUCUGGGACCCCCUUUGCCGUACGACGUUGUUGUAGUCGCUUGUGACCAGGGGUUAAAGUUCAUUCUCUGCUGUUCAAGCUCCCAUAACACAAACUUGUUUACUGAUGUGUAAUAUCCCUCUGUCUGUAUUUUUGUAAAUAAUGUACACUUCUGUUAGUCAUAUUUAGCCUUUGAUAUUAUUUUAUUAUUUUGUGUAUCUGUACAUAGUAAAAGUCGUUUUGGUAACACUAUUUAGUUCUGUUUUAAGGUUAUUAGGUUUGAAACACUACAUUUAUGAAUGAGCCAAUUAUUCACACUCAGUUUGCUGGUUUUGUAUUUUAUGUUUCCAGGCUGUUCUUCUUGAGACGCUUUUGAUACUAUGUUCCAUUAGCAUCCCGAUCACAUAGCUGGCGAAAUAUUUUGUACUUUAUGAUCCACUGUAUAUUUAAUUAAAAUAUUUUACUACCUAA